AUGGCUGGAGGAGAUAGCGGUCCGGAAGGUGAGGAACCCUCAUCACCCCCGACGACUGGGGAGGGAGGUGGGAAGGGGGAUGUGUUUCCAGGAAAACAAGGAGAUGGGGAAGGGGUGAGGGAGGAGAGGUUAGGGGGAGAGGAGAGUGGUGGAGAGCCCUCUGGCGGAGAGGUGGGGCAGGAAGACGAGGAGAUGGCCAGUGGAACACAUGACCUCUCCGCCUCGGUCAAUCACAGCCCUCGCAGCAACAGUGGCUCCACAUCAACCAAGAGGUAACGUCCUAUACAACUUCCUGUUUGCUCACCAAGACUUGGUUCUCCACCCCAUCCUUUUUACGCUGCUGCUACUCUGUUAAUUAUUUAUGCAUAGUCACUUUAACUCUACCCACAUGUACAUAUUACCUCAACUAGCCGGUGCCCCCGCACAUUGACUCUGCAACGGUACCCCCCUGUAUAUAUAGCCUCCCUACUGUUAUUUUAUUUUACUUCUGCUCUUUUUUUUCUCAACACUUUUUUUGUUGUUGUUUUAUUUUUACUUUUUUGUUAAAAAUAAAUGCACUGUUGGUUAAGGGCUGUAAGUAAGCAUUUCACUGUGAUGUCUGCACCUGUUGUAUUCGGCGCAUGUGAUCAAUACAAUUUGAUUUGAUUUGAUUUGAAAACCACCCAACAAAGCUACUCAACAAAAAUACCCUACAAAACUACCCAACAAAACUACUCAACAGCGCUGUGUCAUCACUAGAGUGAGCCAAACAGCCUGCCAAUUUGUCCCAAUGUGUCCUCUCCCAAUGGUGAACGUGCAUAAAGAUGUUAGGUCUUUGUUUUUAGCACUACCCACAGAGUUCUUAAACUAUGGCGCGCAACAUGGUUCAAUUUGCCAGUAAAUUAGCAUAAUCUACUUUUUUGUUUUUUCAAAUUGCCGCCGUCUUGGAACUAGAAUUGGGAUCAUAUAUACAGCGCUAAUGCCGAUAAAAUAAAAAAAAUAAAAAAAAAAAAAAAAAGAUUAACGGAGAACAAUGUACAAUACGGUGAACUUAGCAAACAAGGCAUUUGUGGUAAGUACAUGGGGGCUGCCAUCUUUAUGCACCUUCACCAUUACCAAUUGUGGCCUCAAAUCAUUUGGCAUCAAUUGUUUUCAUCUGGUCAUUUUUGGGUUAACAGCCCUAAAUGCUGUUUCGUUGGUCUAGUUGUGCCCUGCCUAAGGAAUUGUCUCAAACUAUUCUCUAGGCCUAACUAAAGCGGUCUAAAUCUAGGACACAUUCAUUCAAACUAAACUGUCUAACGUCUUGGCAAUUCAGGCAAUUAAGGCUUCCGUAAUCCUUUGUGCAAUUACGUCGUGGGGUAUACCACACUAGAUUGCAGAUUUCUGAUUUUCUGUAUUUCUCCCCAUACCUCUCCCCCCACCCUCUCAUCCCUCUCUCCUCUCCUCCUCCAGUUCUAAGUCUUAUACUGGCUCGUUCUCCUGUAGUCUCCACAGCUCCCUCUCUGGACAGGCAGGCCAACACAUGGAGGGUAGCGCCUGGUGGGUGGCUGUGUGUCUAACGAUAUUGUGUGUGUGUUGCAGUAUUGUGCGUGUGUGUUUCUAAAUCAAAUCAAUCAAGUCAAAUUGUAUUUGUCACAUGCGCCGAAUACAACAGGUGUUGACUUUACUGUGAAAUGCUUACUUACGAGCCCUUUCCCAACAAUGCAGGGUUAAAAAGUACGAACAAUUUUCUAAAUACAAAAAGGAAAUAGUAACACAAUAAAAUAACAAUAACGAGGCAAUAUACAAGGAGUACCGUUACCGAGUCAAUGUGCAGUGGUACGAGGUAAUUGAGGUAAUAUGUACAUGUAGGUAGGGUUAAAAGUGACUAGGCAAUCAGGAUAGAUAAUAAAGAGUAGCAGCAGCGUGUGUGUGUGUGGGUAGAGUCCAGUGAGUGUGCAUAGAGCCAGUGCAAGAGUCAGUGCAAAAGCAAGCGGGUCAAUGCAAUUAGUCCGGGUAGCCAUUUGAUUAACUGUUCAGCAGUCUUAUGGCUUGGGGGUAGAAGCUGUUCAGGAGCCUUUUGGUCCCAUACUUGGCGCUCCGGUACCGCUUGCCGUGCGGUAGCAGAGAGAACAGUCUAUAACUUGGAUGGCUGAAGUAGUUGACAAUAUUUUAGGGCCUUCCUCUGACACCGCCUGGUAUAGAGGUCCUGGAUGGCAGGGAGCUCGGCCCCAGUGAUGUACUGGGCUGUACGCACUACCCUCUGCAGCGCCUUACGGUCGGAUGCCAAGCAGUUGCCAUACCAAGUGGUGAUGCAGCCAGUCAAGAUGCUCUUAAUGGUGCAGCUGUAGAACCUUUUGAGGAUCUGAGGGCCCAUGCCAAAUCUUUCAGCCAACUGAGGGGGAAGAGGCGUUGUCGUGCCCUCUUCAUGAUUGUGUUGAUGUGUUUGGAUCAUGACAGGUCCUUAGUGAUGUGGACACCGAGGAACUUGAAGCUCUCGACCCCCUCCACUACAGCCCCUCCGUUUCCUGUAAUCCACAAUCAGCUCCUUUAUUUUGCUGACGUUGAGGUAGAGGUUGUUUUCCUGACACCACACUGCCAGGUCUCUGACCUCCUCCCUAUAGGCUGUCUCAUCGUCGUCGGUGAUCAGGCCUACCACCGCUGUGUUGGAGUCGUGCGCAGCCACGCAGUCGUGGGUGAACUGGGAGUACAGGAGGGGACUAUGCACACGCCCCUGAGGGGCCCCCAUGUUGAGGGUCAGCGUGACGGAUGAGUUGUUGCCUACCCUCACCACUAGCCUAAUAAAAUAAAAUACUAAAUACUAUACCUGGGGCCACCCCGUCAGGAAGUCUAGGAUCCAGUUGCAGAGGGAGGUGUUCAGUCCCAGGGUCCUUAGCUUAGUGAUGAGCUUGGCGGGCACUAUGGUGUUCAACACUGUGCUGUAGUCAAUGAACAGCAUUCUAACGUAGGUGUUCCUUUUGUCCAAGUGGGAAAAGGCAGUGUGGAGUACAAUAGAGAUUGUGUCAUCUGUGGAUCUGUUGGGGUGGUAUGCAAAUUAGAUUGGGUCUGGGAUGAUGGUGUUGAUGUGAGCCAUGACCAGCCUUUUAAAGCAUUGCAUGGCUACAGAUGUGAGUGCUACGUGGCGAUAGUCAUUUAGACAGGUUAUGUUGGUGUUCUUGGACACAGGGACUAUGGUGGUCUGCUCAAAAAAUGUCAGAGAGGACACUUGCCAGUUGGUCUGCGCAUGCUAUGAGUACGUGUCCUGGUAAUCCGUCUGGCCCAGCUGCCUUGUGAAUGUUAACCUAUUUAAAGAUCUCACUCACAUUGGCAAUGGAGAGCGUGAUCACACACUUGUCCGGAACAGCUGGUGCUCUCAUGCAUGGUUCAGUGUUUCUUGCCUCGACGCGAGCAUAGAAGGCAUUUAGCUCGUCUGGUAGGCUCGCGUCACUGGGCAGCUCGCGGCUGGGUUUCCCUUUUGUAAUCCGUGAUAGUUUCCAUCGGAUGAAUCCCAGAACAUAUUCCAGUCUGUGCUAGUGAAACCAUCCUGUAGUUUAGCAUCCGCUUCAUCGGACCACUUCCGUAUUAAGCACGUCACUGGUACUUCCUCCUGUUUUGAGUUUUUGCUUGUAAGCAGGAAUCAGGAGGAUAGACAUGGUCAAUUUUGCCAAAUGGAAGGCGAGAGAGAGCUUUUUAUGCGUCUCUGUGUGUGGAGUAAAGGUGAUCUAGACACAGGUGACAUGUUGGUAGAAAUGAGGUAAGACGGAUUUCAGUUUUCCUGUAUUAAAAUCACCGGCCACUAGGAGCGCCGCCUCUAUUGAUUAUUGAUUGUGUGUGUGUGUGUUUCUAUUGAUUAUGUGUGUGUUUAACCAACUUGUGUCUGUCUAAUAAUAUUGUGUGUUUGUUGAACAGUGAGCAGACUGAUGCAGGUCGGGGGCAGGCUCACAGGGAAAUGAUGGUGACAGUAGCUGAGAUGAAGAAGACUGUUCCGUCAGACAAAUGCAGUCGCAGUAAAGCCAGCACUGUGGAGGCGCUACACUACGCACUCAACUGUGUCAAACAAGUCCAAUGUAAAACACAGUACUAAAACUAGAGCGUGAGGUUAGGGGAUUAACCAGAAAGCCUGACUAGAGAGAGCAAGCUUGUUAUUCACUUAGCCUUAGUUUGUACUAUCUUCCUGUUUUCCUCAUUAUUUUUCAUUAAAAAAGAAAGUUGGACAAUGAGAGUGAAGCGUUUGCUUGGAUUAAAAAUGAGUGUUGAGUAUUGUAUUUGUGGCACCCUCUGUAGCCAACAGUGAGUACUACAAGCUGCUACUGCGUAACAGCCAGGAGGAGAGACCAGACUCCACGUCCUGUAGAUUAGAGGAGCUGAAGAGAGUCACCUCUGAACACACCUUCAAAAACACGGUACACAGCACACACACACUCAUACACAAUACACUUAUACACACAGUACACAACACACACUCAUACAGACACCUUCAAAAACAUGGUACAAGACACACUUAUACACACAGCCUUAGAAACAUGGAAAACAACCCCCCUAAAGUGCUUUUGGUUUUACUGUAUAUUAAAGUCUUGCAUAUCUGGUACACACACCGGCUUGUGUGUGGUCUUCUACGUGCGUGUGGGUAUGGGUGUGUGUGUGUGUGCGUGUACAUGCAUGUGUUUCUGUGUGUUUAGGACUCGUUCUUGGUGGUGUUUUCCCUGGCGAGCGGGUGCGUGAUGUACGCCUCGGAGCAGGCUCCCAGCAUCCUUUGCUGUAAGAAGAAGUUCCUGGACUCGGCUAAGUUUGUGGAGCUGCUGUUCCACCAGGACGUCAACGUGUUCUACUCACACACCGCCCAGCCACACCUACCACCCUGGAGCAGCUCACACAGUGGUACGUACGUGUGUGUAUGUAUGUGUUUGUUUGCGUGUGUGUGUGUGGUGUUGAGUGAUGAGUGUGUAACCCCUAUUUUCUCCCAUCUCUCUACAGCGGCAGUUCUGUUUGAGUGUGCCCAGGUCAAGUCCUUCUUCUGCAGGAUCAGGUGUGUGUGUCUGUGUGUAGAGGCAGUAAUCUGCAAAGUACAUGUGUGUGUAUAGAUGUGUCAGUAUGUAUUUGUUUUAGGCCUUUGUAUAUAACCUGUGUGUGUGUGUGUGUGUGUGUGUGUGUGUGUAGGGGUGGUAAGGACCGUGAGGGGGAGAUGCGCUACAACCCGUUCAAGAUCACUCCCUAUCCGCUGAAGGUGCAAGGAGGCGGAGCUUUAGGAGAGGAGGAGGAGUCGUGUUGUCUGGCGCUGGCUGAACGCAUCAUCUCAGGAUAUGAGGGUACGCCCUGCCACCACCACAACACCAACCCAACCUCACACUUCCAUUUCUCCCUUUUAGUCAUAUAGCAAGACUCUCUUAUCAGGUAAGAGAACUACAUAUCACCAUCAUUGCAAGUUAAAACGCCAUCUGCGAAAUUUGUGCUAGUAAAAAGAAACACAAGUACAACAGUUAAGUGCUGAGGUAUUUUGGGGGUCUGGGGGGGGGGGGUGUUAGGAGGGGGAAGGGUCAGUGGUAGGGGAUCCAAGGUGCAGUCUAAAGUGCUGGGUUUUCAGUCUGUGCUCCGGCGGAACGACUCUGCUGUCCUGACCAUGGUGGGGAGGUUCUUCCACCACUGAGGUGCCAGGACAGAGAAGAGACGUGACCGCGAUGGAGGUGCCAAGCGGCCAGAGGUGGCAGAACGGAGGUGUAGGUUAUGACCAUAUCCACGGAGGUAGGGGAGAAGUAGAGAAUGACAGUUUCAUAAAGAGAUACAAUGUUCUUCAUUGCCAACAUUCAGUUUAUAGUAAGUUUGGUAUGUCUAGCUCAAAAGGUUUAGGAGGAGAUGGCUAGAAUAUUCUGAGGAGAAUGGAAGAUUCCAUAGAGCGUUAUGAAUGUUGUUGCUGGUGGAGUUAGUGGAGGCUGACCUUGUUUGCUGCUGUUGCUCCUGCAGCUCCCCGUAUCCCCAUGGACAAAAGCAUCUUCACCACCACACACUCCCCGGGUUGUGUGUUCCUGGAGGUGGACGAUCGGUCAGUACACAUACAGUGGGGAAAAAAAGUAUUUAGUCAGCCACCAAUUGUGCAAGUUCUCCCACUUAAAAAGAUGAGAGAGGCCUGUAAUUUUCAUCAUAGGUACACGUCAACUAUGACAGACAAAAUGAGAAAAGAAAUUCCAGAAAAUCACAUUGUAAGAUUAUUAAUGAAUUUAUUUGCAAAUUAUGGUGGAAAAUAAGUAUUUGGUCAAUAACAAAAGUUUCUCAAUACUUUGUUAUAUACCCUUUGUUGGCAAUGACACAGGUCAAAUGUUUUCUGUAAGUCUUCACAAGGUUUUCACACGCUGUUGCUGGUAUUUUGGCCCAUUCCUCCAUGCAGAUCUCCUCUAGAGCAGUGAUGUUUUGGGGCUGUCGCUGGGCAACACGGAUUUUCAACUCCCUCCAAAGAUUUUCUAUGGGGUUGAGAUCUGGAGACUGGCUAGGCCACUCCAGGACCUUGAAAUGCUUCUUACGAAGCCACUCCUCCGUUGCCCGGGCGGUGUGUUUGGGAUCAUUGUCAUGCUGAAAGACCCAGCCACGUUUCAUCUUCAAUGCCCUUGCUGAUGGAAGGAGGUUUUCACUCAAAAUCUCACGAUACAUGGCCCCAUUCAUUCUUUCCUUUUCACGGAUCAGUCGUCCUGGUCCCUUUGCAGAAAAACAGCCCCAAAGCAUGAUGUUUCCACCCCCAUGCUUCACAGUAGGUAUGGUGUUCUUUGGAUGCAACUCAGCAUUCUUUGUCCUCCAAACACGACGAGUUGAGUUUUUACCAAAAAGUUUUAUUUUGGUUUCAUCUGACCAUAUGACAUUCUCCCAAUCCUCUUCUGGAUCAUCCAAAUGCACUCUAGCAAACUUCAGACGGGUCUGGACAUGUACUGGCUUAAGCAGGGGGACACAGCAGGAUUUGAGUCCCUGGCGGCGUAGUGUGUUACUGAUAGUAGUCUUUGUUACUUUGGUCCCAGCUCUCUGCAGGUCAUUCACUAGGUCCCCCCGUGUGGUUCUGGGAUUUUUGCUCACUGUUCUUGUGAUCAUUUUGACCCCACGGCGUGAGAUCUUGCAUGGAGCCCCAGAUCGAGGGAGAUUAUCAGUAUGUCUUCCAUUUCCUAAUAAUUGCUCCCACAGUUGAUUUCUUCAAACCAAGCUGCUUACCUAUUGCAGAUUCAGUCUUCCCAGCCUGGUGCAGGUCUACAAUUUUGUUUCUGGUGUCCUUUGACAGCUCUUUGGUCUUGGCCAUAGUGGAGUUUGGAGUGUGACUGUUUGAGGUUGUGGACAGGUGUCUUUUAUACUGAUAACAAGUUCAAACAGGUGCCAUUAAUACAGGUAACGAGUGGAGGACAGAGGAGCCUCUUAAAGAAGAAGUUACAGGUCUGUGAGAGCCAGAAAUAUUGCUUGUUUGUAGGUGACCAAAUACUUAUUUUCCACCAUAAUUUGCAAAUAAAUUCAUUAAAAAUCCUACAAUGUGAUUUUCUGGAUUUUAUUUUCUCAAUUUGUCUGUCAUAGUUGAUGUGUACCUAUGAUGAAAAUUACAGGCAUCUCUCAUCUUUUUAAGUGGGAGAACUUGCACAAUUGGUGGCUGACUAAAUACUUUUUUUCCCCACUGUAUACACACACACGUAAACAAACCCAUGGUAGAAUGUUUCAGAUGAAUUGACUCUGACUGUGUGUUUGGUGGUGUUUAUGUGCAGAGCUGUGCCGUUGCUAGGAUACCUGCCUCAGGAUCUGAUUGGCACGUCGUUGCUGACCUGUAUUCACCCGAAGGACCGCCCCAUCAUGCUCUCUAUGCACCGCAAGGGUACGCCUUUAUCACAUCAACCAAUCACAACAAUUCACUACAGCAGCCAACUAAUCACAACAGUCCAACUACCACAGCAACCUUGCAUCCACAUCCUCCAUUUUACCAAUCAACCAAUUACAAUUUUGCCAAGCAACUAUACUGAACAAAAAUAUGAACGCAACAUGCAACAAUUUCAACGAUUUUGCUGAGUUACAGUUCCUAUAAGGAAAUCAGUCAAUUUAAGUAAAUUCAUGAGGCCCUAAUCUAUGGAUUUUACAUGACUGGGCAGGGGCGCAGCCAUGGGUGGGCCUGGGAGGGCUUAGGCCCACCCACUUGGGAGCAAGGCCCACCCACUGGGGAGCAAGGCCCAGCUAAUCAGAAUGAGUUUUUCCCCACAAAAGGGCUUUAUUACAGACAGAAAUAAUCCUCCGUUUCAUCAGCUGUCCGGGUGGCUGGUCUCAGACGAACGCGCAGGUGAAGAAGCCGGAUGUGGAGGUCCUGGGCUGGUGUGGUUACACGUGGUCUGCGGUUGAUAGGCUGGUUGGACGUACUGCCAAAUUCUCUAAAACGAUGUUGGAGGCAGCUUAUGGUAGAGAAAUGAACAAUCAAUUCUCUGGCAACAGCUCUGGUGGACAUUCCUGCAGUAAGCAUGCCAAUUGCACGCUCCCUCAAAACAUGAAACAUCAUUGUGUUGUGUGAGUGUGGCCUUUUAUUGUCCCAAGCACAAGGUGCACCUGUGUAAUGAUCAUGCUGUUUAAUCCGUUCUUUGAUAUGCCACACCUGUCAGGUGGAUGAAUUAUCUUGGCAAAUGAGAAAUGCUCACUAAAAGGGAUGUAAACGCAUUUGUGCACAACAUUUGAGAGAAAUAAGCUUUUUGUGCAAAGGAACAUUUCUGGGAUCUUUUAUUUCACUUCAUGAAACAUGGGACCAACACUUUACAUGUUGCAUUUAUAUUUUUGUUCAGUAUAGUUACAAUCUCUCUCUACCUCUAUUUCUUGCUCCUUGACCCCCUCUCUCUCCUUCCCUCUCUCUGUGUAGUGUUGAAGUAUGCGGGCCAGUCUCCAUUUGAACACUCCCCAGUGCGUCUUCGUUGUCAAAACGGAGACUACGUCACCCUGGACACCAGCUGGUCCAGCUACAUCAACCCCUGGAGCCGCAAGGUCACCUUCAUCAUCGGACGACACAAAGUCAGGACGUGAGUGUACCUCUCUCUCUCUCUCUCUCUCUCUCUCUCUUUCUCAAUCUCUCUCUCUCUCUCAAUCUCUCUCUCUCUGACCCUGUGUGUCUCUGUGUAGGGGCCCUCUGAAUGAAGAUGUGUUUGCUGCUCGGAGUAAAGAGGACCUGCCAAUCAUCCACGAAGAGAUUAAAAACCUGCAGGCCAAGAUCUACAAGCUCUUCCUGCAGGUAAGAAUACACAAACACCAUGGCCCCUACAGAAUAUUGCUACCAGUUUAAUCCUGUCAGUCUGGAACAUGUGUGUGUGUGUAUAAAUGUGUGUGUGUCUCUCGCUCUCUGUUCAGCCGGUCCAUAAUAAUGGCUCCAGUGGUUAUGGCAGUCUGGGCAGUAACGGUUCCCAUGAGCACUACAUCAGUGUGGCUUCCUCUAGCGACAGCAAUGGCAACCUGUGGGAGGACUCACACCAUGAAUCGGUGAGACAAUACAGCACCACUACAGCCUGUUACAAUACUAUUCCUGUUACCUAGCUACUAGUUUCUGCAGUUCUCGAACAAUUCGUUAUUUUUGAACAAUUAUUUUUACUGAUUCGUGAGUCAUCAAUCAUUUGACCUGCUGGCCUCAAUGAGUCCUACAGCAGGAUUGAUACACUCUCCUCCGGCUCAGCGAUUCCAGAGACGUGCUCCGACCAACAGCUGUCUGUCAAAUAUGCGCACAGGAAAAUACACUGCUCAAAAAAAUAAAGGGAACACUAAAAUAACACAUCCUAGAUCUGAAUGAAUGAAAUAAUCUUAUUAAAUACUUUUUUCUUUACAUAGUUGAAUGUGCUGACAACAAAAUCACACAAAAAUUAUCAAUGGAAAUCAAAUUUAUCAACCCAUGGAUGUCUGGAUUUGGAGUCACCCUCAAAAUUAAAGUGGAAAACCACACUACAGGCUGAUCCAACUUUGAUGUAAUGUCCUUAAAACAAGUCAAAAUGAGGCUCAGUAGUGUGUGUGGCCUCCACGUGCCUGUAUGACCUCCCUACAAUGCCUGGGCAUGCUCCUGAUGAGGUGGCGGAUGGUCUCCUGAGGGAUCUCCUCCCAGACCUGGACUAAAGCAUCCGCCAACUCCUGGACAGUCUGUGGUGCAACGUGGCGUUGGUGGAUGGAGCGAGACAUGAUGUCCCAGAUGUGCUCAAUUGGAUUCAGGUCUGGGGAAUGGGCGGGCCAGUCCAUAGCAUCAAUGCCUUCCUCUUGCAGGAACUGCUGACACACUCCAGCCACAUGAGGUCUAGCAUUGUCUUGCAUUAGAAGGAACCCAGGGCCAACCGCACCAGCAUAUGGUCUCACAAGGGGUCUGAGGAUCUCAUCUCGGUACCUAAUGGCAGUCAGGCUACCUCUGGCGAGCACAUGGAGGGCUGUGCGGCCCCCCAAAGAAAUGCCACCCCACACCAUGACUGACCCACCGCCAAACCGGUCAUGCUGGAGGAUGUUGCAGGCAGCAGAACGUUCUCCACGGCGUCUCCAGACUCUGUCACGUCUGUCACGUGCUCAUUGUGAACCUGCUUUCAUCUGUGAAGAGCACAGGGCGCCAGUGGCGAAUUUGCCAAUCUUGGUGUUCUCUGGCAAAUGCCAAACGUCCUGCACGGUGUUGGGCUGUAAGCACAACCCCCACCUGUGGACGUCGGGCCCUCAUACCACCCUCAUGGAGUCUGUUUCUGACCGUUUGAGCAGACACAUGCACAUUGUGGCCUGCUGGAGGUCAUUUUGCAGGGCUCUGGCAGUGCCUUCUCCUGCUCCUCCUUGCACAAAGGCGGAGGUAGCAGUCCUGCUGCUGGGUUGUUGCCCUCCUACGGCCUCCUCCACGUCUCCUGAUGUACUGGCCUGUCUCCUGGUAGCGCCUCCAUGCUCUGGACACUACGCUGACAGACACAGCAAACCUUCUUGCCACAGCUCGCAUUGAUGUGCCAUCCUGGAUGAGCUGCACUACCUGAGCCACUUGUGUGGGUUGUAGACUCUGUCUCAUGCUACCACUAGAGUGAAAGCACCGCCAGCAUUCAAAAGUGAUCAAAACAUCAGCCAGGAAGCAUAGGAACUGAGAAGUGGUCUGUGGUCACCACCUGCAAAACCAGUGCUUUAUUGGGGGUGUCUUGCUAAUUGCCUAUAAUUUCCACCUGUUGUCUAUUCCAUUUGCACAACAGCAUGUGAAAUGUAUUGUCAAUCAGUUUUGCUUCCUAAGUGGACAGUUUGAUUUCACAUAAGUGUGAUUGACUUGGAGUUACAUUGUCUUCCCUUUAUUUUUUGGCGCAGUGUAGAUCAUGCUGCAGGCAGCAUAGAGAAGAAAAAUACAUGUUUAGAACUGAUAAUUGAUCGCAUGUUGCAAGAAUGAAUUUAAUUAAUUAUUGAACGUUGUGAUGGGUAUGAGAGUAAAGGCCUACUCACAAUAGUAUUUGCAAACUGCAGCCUUCCAAACAGUUUGUGUUUGUUGAGCAGAGGCUGUGUAUGUUUUGGUUCUACUCAACAAACUCGAGAACGAAUCAUUUGGAAGGGUACAGUUCGCAAACGAUAUUGUGCUUAGCCCAUUACACUCAUAUACGGGUUGAAAAUGGCAGAUUUGGGCACUAAUAAGCGAGUAGUGGCUGUACAGUAACAUGCUAUACAUGACGUUAGAGCUUUGGCUCUGCGCUUCACAGCGCUGUAUGGGUUUUGACUGACAGCUGUUCUGAACUUGAGCACCAUGCGAGGACAAGAAGUUACCCUCAUCCCUGGGCAACUUUUGCAAAUGUUUUGUUUUCUGAGUGAGGGAGAUACUGUAAAUUAAGAUGACUCUAUGUAUUUUUAAAGAUGAGACGUUGAGGAUUAUAGUAAAUACCGCUUUGAUGUCAUACAAGUAAGCCAAAAUCAUAAAAUUGAUGUAAUUUACAGUGUCAAUGUUUAUGAUCACUAUGUUUGAUUUACAGUUAGAAGAUGACAUGGCGUCAUACCUUGGGUUGUUUUGAACAGAAUGAGCCUAUGUUUGUGUAUUGUGAAGAAAAUUUGCCCUGGCACACGCACCUGAAUGCACUCAUGACUCCUUUCUAUACACAUCAAAAUUAUUAUCUGUUUCUCUGAGUCGCCUUGUGAAAGCCUAACACUGUAAGAUCGUAUUUUAUGACUUAGCUAGUCAUGUUGGCAAUAGAACAAGCUUUCAAAUCAUGCCCACCUGACCCAGAUUGCGAUUUAUAAUUGACCGUUUUUGGAUUGCGUAAACAACAACAGUAAUUGUGUGAGGGCGGGGAUGCAGAGUUGUGUUCCAAACUAAACAACUAGAAGUGUGCUUGCUUUAGUUCCUCAGCGGCACAGCUAGGAGAGCUAAAAAAGUAUCUUAUAGUUGAAGACUCUUCUUUAAGUCAUAAAAGUGCAUUGAAAUUACUUAGGAGCUGUGCACACUUAGGAGAGGUGUGUGGCCACUUGGAGACACCAGUUAGUCCUCUCACUCAGACCCUUGUCAUUUGUUUGUCUUAUGUUGCAUCUACCCCAUAUUUUCCAGGAUUAUUCUUAUCAUGUUAAUGAAUGUACCCAGAGUAUUUUCAGAUUUAGUUUUCAACAAAUGCAGCGAGAAGUACAGUAAAUGUAAAAUACACAUAAAGGCAACAGUCUUGUGUCAGGUGAACUGUUGUGUACUCACAUUACCUCCAAACUGUUCCCUUUCAAUACCUACAAUGGUUAUGCAUAUGCUUUUCAUAUUUCUUCUGUAAGUAACAUUUAAAUGUAGCCCUAUCCAUAGAGGCCAAUUCCCACGAGUGUAAAUGGUUAAAUGCUUUUCACCCUCACGGCUGUCAAGCAAUGCAUUAUGUCAAGAGUCGUUCACAAUCUAGUCCGGUUGCGGCCACAACUAGACCUCGUUUAAAAUGUAUCAAGAAAUAAUCGUAUUUGUAUGCCUAAAAAAUCAACAAAUGUACAUUGUUUAAAGCACACUUUUACAAGUCUCAGUCACAAAUGGCAGGUUCAAUAAGCCCUUUGUAUGCCUAUGGUGAACAACAUAGGAACGAGAAGCUUGUAGAAUCAUGGCUCUUUCGAGUUUUCAAUUCAUCGUUCACCGGUAGGGGGUCCUGUGUGCUCUGGGCAUUAUUGACUCGCAUGAACAAAAUUAGUCGAAAGAUUUGUUAUUUUGACUGAACUAGUCGAAAAGAUCUGAGUCAGUAACAAGCCGAACUUCCCGGCACUAGUUACUAGCUUCACUACAGUAUAAUGGCUAACUCUUUAUGUGUGUGUGUGUGUGUAUGUGUGUAUGGCCAUGCAGCAUAUCUGUGCUGAUGUGAACAAGGUGAAGAGUUGGGGCCAGCAGGCAUACUUGGAAUCCAGCCACAUACUCACCCCCUUUGGGAAAUCUGCCACAGGUACGAUAAUGCUCAGACACUGAUCCAACAGUUACCAAUACUGGUCAUGGGGAACCAAAGGCUGUGCAGGCUUUUGUACCAGCCCAGCACUAACACACCUCAUUUAGCUAAUCAAUUAAUCAUCUAGCCGUUCAGUAGCUCAAUUCUGGCUUACCUAUGACCCCUUUGUGAUGUCACACAGUGCCCCUCCUCCACGCCAGGGCUGAGGUCAGAGGGCACGAGGAGACCAGGAAGCAAGCGCACAUUCCGUCCUAUCAGCAGAUCAACUCUGUGGACAGCAUCAUCAGGUGGGUGGAUCCUCUGACUGAAUGCAGAGCGUGACGAUGUCACUGUGAUGGUACAUGUAUUUUGAUCUGCAAUCAAUGUUUCAUUGAGGAUCCGAAUAAAGUGUGUGUUUUUGUAGGUAUCUGGAGGGCUGUGGUCCAGUCCUGAAGCGUAAGAGCAAGUCUCGCUCCAUCGGCACAUCUUCCUCCUCCUCCUCCUCCUCUACCUCAGAGGAUGACAAACCCACCACAGACCCACACACUGCCCAGGCCAGCUCCAACGGUGAGUUACACACACACAGCUCAGACCAUCUCUGAUGGAAAUAUACACAGUACCAGUCAAAAGUUUGGACACACCUACUCAUUCAAGGGUUUUUCUUUAUUUGUACUAUUUAUUACAUUGUAGAAUAAUAGUGAAGACAUCAAAACUAUGAAAUAACACAUAUGGAAUCAUGUAGUAAACAAAAAAGUGUUAAACAAAUCAAAAUAUAUUUUAUAUUUGAGAAUCUUCAAAUAGCCACCCUUUGCCUUGAUGACAGCUUUGCACACUCUUGGCAUUCUCUCAACCAGCUUCACUUGGAAUGCUAUUCCAACAGUCUUGAAGGAGUUCCCACAUAUGCUGAGCACUUGUUGGCUGCUUUUCCUUCACUCUGCGAUCCGACUCAUCCCAAACCAUCUCAAUUGGGUUGAGGAUGGGGGAUUGUGGAGGCCAGGUCAUCUGAUGCUGCACUCCAUCACUCUCCUUCUUGAUAAAAUAGCCCUUACACAGCCUGGAGGUGUGUUGGGUCAUUGUCCUGUUGAAAAACAAAUGAUAGUCCCACUAAGCCCAAACCAGAUGGGAUGGCGUAUCGCUGUAGAAUGCUGUGGUAACCAUGCUGGUUAAGUGUGCCUUGAAUUCUAAAUAAAUCACAGACAGUGUCACCAGUAAAGCACCCCCACACCAUAACACCUCCUCCUCCAUGCUUUACAGUGGGAAAUACACAUACGGAGAUCAUCCGUUCACCCACACCGCGUCUCACAAAGACACGGCGGUUGGAAUCAAAAAUCUCUAAUUUGGACUCCAGACCAAAGGACACAUUUCCACCGGUCUAAUGUCCAUUGCUCGUGUUUCUUGGCCCAAGCAGGUCUCUUCUGUUUAUUGGUGUCCUUUAGUAGUGGUUUCUUUGCAGCAAUUCGACCAUGAAGGCCUGAUUCACACAGUCCCCUCUGAACAGUUGAUGUUGAGGUGUCUGUGACUUGAACUCUGUGAAGCAUUUAUUUGGGCUGCAAUUUCUGAGGCUGGUAACUCUAAUGAACUUAUCCUAUGCAGCAGAGUUAACUCUGGGUCUUCCAAUCCUGUCGCGUUCCUCAUGAGAGUCAGUUUCAUCAUAGCGCUUGAUGUUUUUUUUUUCAAGCUGCCAGUUGAGGACCUGUGAGGCGUCUGUUUCUCAAACUAGACACUCUAAUGUAUUUGUUUUCUUGCUCAGUUGUGCACUGGGGCCUCCCACUCCUCUUUCUUUUCUGGUUUGAGACAGUUUGCGCUGUUCUGUGAAGGGAGUAGUACACAUCGUUGUAUGAGAUCUUCAGUUUCUUGGCAAUUUCUCGCAUGGAAUAGCCUUCAUUUCUCAGAACAAGAAUAGACUGACGAGUUUUAGAAGAAAGUUAUUUGUUUCGAACCCACAAUUGCUGAUGCUCCAGAUACUGAACUUGUCUCAAGAAGGCCAGUUUUAUUGCUUCUUUCAUCAGCACAACAGGUUUUCAGCGGUGCUAACAUAAUUGCAAAAGGGUUUUCUAAUGAUCAAUUAGCCUUUUAAAAUGAUAAACUUGGAUUAGCAAACACAACGUGCCAUUGGAACACAGGACUGAUGGUUGCUGAUAAUGGGCCUCUGUACGCCUAUGUACAGUGGGGGAAAAAAGUAUUUAGUCAGCCACCAAUUGUGCAAGUUCUCCCACUUAAAAAGAUGAGAGAGGCCUGUAAUUUUCAUCAUAGGUACACGUCAACUAUGACAGACAAAAUGAGGCAAAACAAUCCAGAAAAUCACAUUGUAGGAUUUUUAAUGAAUUUAUUUGCAAAUUAUGGUGGAAAAUAAGUAUUUGGUCACCUACAAACAAGCAAGAUUUCUGGCUCUCACAGACCUGUAACUUCUUCUUUAAGAGGCUCCUCUGUCCUCCACUCGUUACCUGUAUUAAUGGCACCUGUUUGAACUUGUUAUCAGUAUAAAAGACACCUGUCCACAACCUCAAACAGUCACACUCCAAACUCCACUAUGGCCUGAGAACUUGUUCUCAACUGGCUUACCUGGUUAAAUAAAGGUGAAAUAAAAAUAAAUAAAAAAAGACCAAAGAGCUGUCAAAGGACACCAGAAACAAAAUUGUAGACCUGCACCAGGCUGGGAAGACUGAAUCUGCAAUAGGUAAGCAGUUUGGUUUGAAGAAAUCAACUGUGGGAGCAAUUAUUAGGAAAUGGAAGACAUAAAAGACCACUGAUAAUCUCCCUCGAUCUGGGGCUCCACGCAAGAUCUCACCCGUGGGGUCAAAAUGAUCACAAGAACGGUGAGCAAAAAUCCCAGAACCACACGGGGGGACCUAGUGAAUGACCUGCAGAGAGCUGGGACCAAAGUAACAAAGCCUACCAUCAGUAACACACUACGCCGCCAGGGACUCAAAUCCUGCAGUGCCAGACGUGUCCCCCUGCUUAAGUCAGUACAUGUACAGGCCCGUCUGAAGUUUGCUAGAGUGCAUUUGGAUGAUCCAGAAGAGGAUUGGGAGAAUGUCAUAUGGUCAGAUGAAACCAAAAUAUAACUUUUUGGUAAAAACUCAACUCCUCGUGUUUGGAGGACAAAGAAUGCUGAGUUGCAUCCAAAGAACACCAUACCUACUGUGAAGCAUGGGGGUGGAAACAUCAUGCUUUGGGGCUAUUUUUUUGCAAAGGGAUCAGGACGACUGAUCCGUGUAAAGGAAAGAAUGAAUGGGGCCGUGAGAAUGUAUCGUGAGAUUUUGAGUGAAAACCUCCUUCCAUCAAUCAGCAAGGGCAUUGAAGAUGAAACGUGGCUGGGUCUUUCUGCAUGACAAUGAUCCCAAACACACUGCCCGGGCAACGAAGGAGAAGCAUUCGUAAGAAGCAUUUCAAGGUCCUGGAGUGGCCUAGCCAGUCUCCAGAUCUCAACCCCAUAGAAAAUCUUUGGAGGGAGUUGAAAGUCCGUAUUGCCCAGCGACAGCCCCAAAACAUCACUGCUCUAGAGGAGAUCUGCAUGGAGGAAUGGGCCAAAAUACCAGCAACAGUGUGUGAAGACUUACAGAAAACGUUUGACCUGUGUCAUUGCCAACAAAGGGUAUAUAACAAAGUAUUGAGAAACUUUUGUGAUUGACCAAAUACUUAUUUUCCACCAUAAUUUGCAAAUAAAUUCAUUAAAAAUCCUACAAUGUGAUUUUCUGGAGAAAAAAAAUCUCAUUUUGUCUGUCAUAGUUGACGUGUACCUAUGAUGAAAAUUACAGGCCUCUCUCAUCUUUUUAAGUGAGAGAACUUGCACAAUUGGUGGCUGACUAAAUACUUUUUUUCCCCACUGUAGAUAUUCAAUUAAAAACAAGGACAUUUCUAAGUGACCCCAAACUUUUGAACGGUAGUGUGUGUGUGUGUGUGUGUGUGUGUGUGUGUGUGUGUGUGUGUGUGUGUAUAUAUAUAUAUAUAUACACACACACACACACACACACACACACACACAGCUUUCUGAUGUUUGUUCUGUCUGUCUCUGUCUGUCUGUGUAGUUGUGGUGCUGGACAAUCAGGUGUCAGUGGGCUCUACAGCAGCAGUGGUGGUGGGAGCUCCUCUCACAGACAUCACUCUGUCUACAAAGGCUAUGAGUGUAGUGUCAGUCACCAGCCAGUGUUCCUACAGCAGCACUAUAGUACACGUUCCCCAGCCAGAGUCAGGUACGGACACACCAUCAUAAUAUACCCUUUUAUUUGUAAUGACCUGAAAAAUUAAAUAAAAAGUUAUCUUCUUUAUGCCCGCCCUCCAGUGGUGACAGCCUUAGAGGAUGCACCAAUGGGCAGCGAGCCUGCUGACCCCACUCCUGCUCGCGCGGCCCCUAGACCCACCCUUAGCUCUUCUGCCAAGGAGCUGCAAUUGGUGGGUCUGACCAAGGAGGUCCUUUCAGCUCACACUCAGAAGGAGGAGCAGGAGUAUGUGGAUCGCUUCCGCCAUCGCAUCCUCCACAGUCCCUACAGCUCCUAUCUACAGCAAGACAACAGCUCCGGGGUUCAUUCUCACCACCCAGGUCAGUGUGUGUGUAGGGGACUGUUAUCACACAUGCUUUGGAGCAGGGUGACUUGUGUCGCCAUCAAGCUGGAGGCCUGUGGCAUUGCUUUGUUAGGACUAUAAGGUUUUCUUACAGAUAGAUGUGCUGUAUUUGUGAUUACUGUUCUUUCUCCUCCCUCCCUUCAGGUGACUACGUGAUACAGCCAGUGAGUGCAGCUGGGUUGAACCGCACUCGGACAGGGAAGCCUAAUAAACACAAGCGUCCCAAACCCCAAACUUUGUCUGACAGCUACGCCUCCCCACCCGAGCCCCCUCGCCGAGCCCCUCUUGCCCUUCUCGCCCCCUACUCCUCCUGGCCCUCCUCCGAAUCCUCUAACCCCCUUCCCCAGCUGGGGCUGCCCUACCCUCCUAUAUCCCCUCCACAAGCCCCCAUGGGUCACCUCCAGACCCCCUACUUCAUCAUGCUGGGAGGCCAGCCAGGGGUGGACCAAGGGGGAAAACAGCAGCAGGCAUGCGUGGGCCCCAUGGUGCUUCAACCAGACCAGAACCCAAACUCAAUCCCACAGAACUUUCAGCACAACCUACAACAGAACAUUCAGCAGAACCUUCCGCAGAACUUUCAGUUUAUGCAGCCCAUUCAGAACAUGCAGACCCAGUCUAUGCAGUCUGUCCAGAUGCAGUCCAUCCAGUCCAACUUUCCCAGCCAGAACUUUCAGUCCAUUCAGAUACAGAACAUUCAGGGCUUCCCCAACAUGCAGCCCAUGGCCCCAUCCCAGGGUUUGAACCCUUACAUGGCCCCAAUGAUGGCUGUGAUUCUAGCCAACUACCCCUUUUACCCUUCAGGCUACUCUACCAACUACCCUUCCUACCCUCCAGGCUACCCCACCACAUCCUCUCUGCUGCCCCAGGCCCCCUUCACCAUGUCAGGCUUCGGCCCUGGUCUAGGCCCCUUAGCCCAGCCUCAGCCUAGUUCCCAGCCCCAGACGCCCCCAGGCCAGCUACACUGCUCCCCCAGACCAAGCUCCUCAGUGGGGGAGGAGGCGGCGACUGGGCCCCCGGCUCUGUUCUCCAGCUCUCGCUCCAGUUCCCCACUGCAACUCAACCUGCUGCAGGAGGAGCUGCCCAAACCCAGCGAGGAUCAGAGCAGCACUGGACACACACACGCCCAUGCCGAGAGCCUGCACGAAGCGCAAACCAAGGGGGUGAGUCAACUCUGACCUCUCACCUUUUACCCUGUGUGUUUCUCACUUCGAGACUUGGCUCUCCCUGUCUCCUUUCCUUUUCCUCUUAGCUGCUGAUCUGACAAUCCAGCAGAAGGUGAAAGCAGUGGAAAGUUAAAAACCUUAAUUUCACCAAUCAGUGGUCAUGAAGGAGAGACCAGGCUUCAUCUUUUUUUUCCAGAUUUAACAUUCAAUGGAACACUUACAUAACAAUAGGUGGUAACACAACUAUUCAUGCCCCUCUCCCUCAUCAGAUUGAUGCACCCUGUGAGUCGGGUAACCAUGACGCCCAGUCUACAUCCAGUGAGCUGUUGGACCUGCUGUUGCAGGAAGAUGCCAGGUCAGGUACUGGCUCUAACGCCUCUGGGUCCGGCUUUGGAGAGCCUGGCUCUCUAGGCUCUGGCUCCAAUGGAACAUCCACCUCACACACAGGUACGCAUAGACACACACACACAAAUACACACAGGUACAGCACAAACACACACACACAUCCCCUUAGAGUGCUGAUGCCCAGUGUUCUCUCACCAUGCCCCAGGAAGCAGUAACAGCAGUAAGUACUUUGCCAGUAGCAACUCGUCAGACACGUCUCGCAAAGCCUGUAAGAACCAAGAGACCCAGCAGGAUCACGCACAACACACACAACACGCCUUCAACAUGCGUGCCGAGAACUCCCUGUGGCGCAUGAUCCAGCACAUGCCAGAACCUGUGAUGAUGACCUACCAAAUCCACCCCAGGUAACACAACUCAAACACUCUAGAAUCCAAUGCUAGAACCCAAACUCUACUCUAUAGAACCCUGCACUAGAAUGUAACACUAGAACCUAAUAUUAGUACCCUGCUCUAGACCGUAACGCUAGAACCUAUUAUUAGUGUCCUGCUCUAGAAUGGAACACUAGAACCUAUUAUUAGAGCCGUGCUCUAGAAUGGAACACUAGAACCUAUUAUUAGAGCCCUGCUCUAGAGUGGAACACUAGAACUUAAUAUUAGAACAUGCUCUAGAACCCAGACAGCCGGUAUGCCUACCCUCCUAGCGUACUGACAUGCUGGUUACCCUGCAGGGACCAGGCAGAGGUGCUGGCUGAGGACAAGGAGAAGCUACAUCUGCUGCGGCCUCUACAGCCCUGGUUCACCCAGGAACAGAGAGAGGAGCUGGCUGAAGUCCACCCCUGGAUCCAACAACACACCGUCCCUCAGAUGUUAGACACACAGGUAGGGAGGUCUCACACACACACCACACACAUAUACACACACAAAGACAUAUAGAUUUACACACACACUGCAAAAAGGUGCAUGCUAACUCUCUCUCUCUCUCUCUCUCUCUGUGUCUCUCUCUCUCUCUGUGUCUCUCUGUCUCUCUCUCUCUCUCUCUCUCUCUCUCUCUGUGUCUCUCUCUCUCUCUCUCUCUCCCCUCUCUCUCGUUCUCUCUCUCUCUGUCUCUCUCUCUCUCUCUCUCUCUCUCUCUCUCUCUCUCUCUCUCUCUCCUCUCUCUCUCUCUGUGUCUCUCUCUCUCUCCUCUCUGUGUCUCUCUCUCUCUCUCUCUCUCUCUCUCUGUGUCUCUCUCUCUCUCUCUCUCUCUCUCCUCUCUCUCUCUCUCUUGUGCCUCUCUCCUCUCUCUCUCUCUCUCUCUCUCUCUGUGUCUCUCUCUCCUCUCUCUCUCUCUCUCUCUCUCUCUCUCUCUCUCUCUCUCUCUCUCUCUCUCUCUGUCUCUCUCUCUGUGUGUCUUUCAGGGCUGUGUGAACUGUAGUGCAGGAACAGAGAUUCACCCCCAGGAUCCAGAGAGCUCCUCCCCUUUGGAAGGCCCUCAGCAUGAUUCUAGUCCUGCCCCUGACACCUGAUACGCCCCCAUCUAGGAAACGCAAACCUGCCGCGCCGGGACCCUUAACUCCGCCCACAAGAUAUCUACUGACCAAUUACUAGGAGCUCAGAGAGGCUGUAUCUCAGUGCCCUAGAACAGUGUUUCCCAAACAGUUUUUGGUUUUUGCCCUAGCACUACACAGCUGAUUCAAAUAAUAAACUAAUCAUCAAGCUUUGAUUA